AUGCGGAAGGUCAGGUCCAGGCCUGAUCCCAAGGUAGAAAUUACCACUCCGACCUCCCCAACGACCCCGCCCACCGCCGAGGCAGAGCGUCAUCUACGUCGCAAAAUCGACCUCUACAUCAUUCCUAUCGUCGCAAUCCUGUACGCUCUAUGCACCAUCGACCGUGUCAACAUUGGCAACGCGCGCCUCGCCGGUCUCGAACGUACGCUCGGGUUAAAAGGAAAUCAAUACAACGCCCUACUGUCCAUCCUUUUCAGCAUUCCCGCGAGCUAUGUCAUCAAGGUUUUGGGGCCGGGCUGGGUACUGCCAGGAACCACACUGAUUUUUGGAAUACUGACAACGUCUUUUGCAUUUACAUUCAAACAAGCGGCGGCCGUACGUGUUUUGCGGGGUGUCUUCGAGGCAGGGAUCUUUGGAGGGUGCAGCUACUGUGUGUCAAGAUGGUACAGACGUGGAGCCGCAAGUGGCCUUCUGGCGAGCGGGAUUUUGAAGCUUGACCACUUCGGUAGCACUAAGGGGUGGCAGAUGAUCUUCGCUAUAGAAGGUAUCAUCACCAUUGGGUUGGCGCUUUUGGCGUUGGUGCUCAUGACUUACAGCGCCUUGCUAGACGACUUUGACAUGCGAAAGGCACUCCGUGGUCUCUGGAAUCCCGUCGUGCUGCUCACGUCCGUCUCGCUUGGUCUCGUCAAUAUUACCGUUCAGGGCAUAUCCUUCUUCAACCCCACGGUGGUGCGCUCCAUCUACCCCAACCGGAGUGUUGUGGCGCAGCAGCUCUACUCUGUACCUCACUUCGUUGUCGGCGCGUUCUUCACACUCUUAUUCUCGGGACUCUCCUGGCGUCUCGACCGCAGAAACUUGAUUAUGAUGACCGGAGAGCUCAUCUCGAUGCUGGGAUACGCGUUGGUACUGGGCAGUGAUUACACGCAGACGAGCUUGAAAUAUGGCGCUAUGUCUGUGGGCGCGAGUGGCUGCUUCCUCUUUGGGUCGCUCAUGAAUGCGCAGAUCAGUGCGAAUGUGUUGAGUGAUACGUCCAGAUCCUCCGUCGUCGGGCUCAACACUAUGAUGAGAAAUCUCGGUAGACUCAAUGUGGCGUCGUUGAGUAUCAUCUUGAUCGUCCUGACGUUGUUGGGGCUACGGAUGAAGCGCGAUAAUCGCAAGAGGGUUGAAAAACAAAGCCAGACGGAUGAAGCAUUGAGUGGGCUGAGAGCAAAUGAGGAGCAAGAUUCGGAGUAUAGGUAUCCUUCUUUCCGACGGCGGACGUAA